CAAGAGAACAGUUCCCGCCAAUUUCCUUCCCUCAUCUCCGCCCUCUAUAUAACCCUAAAAGCUCAUCAUCAGUUUCCAUCGGAUUCCAACUCUAUUUUCCGGUCAAUUCUUCGGAAGUUUCUCUCUUCGUUUCCUGAAUUCUCCGUCGAAUUCUCUACCAUGGUGGUUGCCCUAGGCCCCGGCAAGUUCUACGGCAGCAGCCUUCCCCGUCCCCGCUACUACACCGACGUCAAGCUCAACGACGAGCGUGUCGAUCCUCCGACGCCGGUUCUCGAUCCGCUCCUCUUGUGGGCGAACGAGGCUCACUGGUCAAUGGGCGGCCUCAGCUUCAAUCGCUUGAGGCUUCAGGGUCGAAUCGAAGGCAACAUCGACAAGCUCCGAGUAGAGCGUGAGAAGAUUGCUAAGAAGAAGAAAAAAGCAGAGAAGGACUCUGCUUCCAAGAGAUCUGAUCUGGAUGCCGGAGCCGACGUGGUUCGCCGGUUGGGCAAGUCGAAGUCUGUGUCUCCACCGCCGGCGCCGAUUGCUACGAAGAGACGGCGAUUAAUUGCUUUGUUUGACGAUGAGGAUGAUGAUGGCGGCGAGUACAAGGAAGAGAUCGGAGUCGUGAAGAGGAGGUUGGUGAAGAAGCUGGGAGACGAUUUCGAUCGGGUGGCUGCGGAGAGUAAGAGGAAUCAAUUGAAAUAUUCGAGGGACAGAAUUUCACCGGUCGAUGGGAUCGGUGAAUCUGUAAUGAAGAUCGUCGAGGAAAUUAACGGAGCAGAUACCGAGGGUAAGAAGAUGAACAGCGAAAGAAAGGGGAAGAAUGUCGGRAAAUCGGAGUCGGGUUCUGUCUCUCGGACUAGAACUUCUCCAAGAUUGGCCAAUAAGCGUGGAUCAAAUUGAUUUGGUAAAGGAGUACGGUGUAGGCUAUUAAUUUCUGGUUUUCUUUUACCUUUUUUUUCCUUUUCAAAAGUGGCCAAAUUCUGUAAUAUUGUUGAAUUCUUCGUCUGGCUAUGGAAAUAUGAAAAUGGAAUGUGGAUUCUGCAA